AUGCACAUUAACGGCCUCCUUCCCCGCCAACUGGAGGUUGACGACUUUGGCUGCCUCGUCUGCCCAACAACUAUCCCUCCCUGUGAAUGCGAUUAUUCCAAGGAGGAGUGCAUUCGCAUAAACAGGGACUGCAACAACUGCGCAGUUAACAAAUGCAUUCCAAUACCAGGCAGUGGGGGCGGAGGCGGUGGGGUCAGCAAGGGAGCGCUUGCCGGAGGGAUCGUCGGUGUAUUGCUUUUUCUCGCCUUGGUGGUUGGCGCAUAUCUCUGGUACCGUCGUACCACUAGACUGCAGAAGGAGCGCGAAGGCCCUCAAGAUUUCAAGGACGUUCCUGCCCCAGCAGAGGACGUUCUCAAUCGCCCGGAUCCUAUUGAGAAGCCAGUCGCUCCUACGUAUUCAGAACCGCGCUCUGUGGGUCUGGAUCCAACAAUACGCACGGAGACUUCCCCUUCCUUCAAUCCUCAUUACGACCAUGUAAGGAACCCUUUCGACGAUGCAAAUUCCAUCCAAACCGCCGCAAGCGAAGGCACCAAUGUCAUACCCAUCGCCCUCGUUCCUGCCGACGGCCAUGAAGGCCGACCAGACGGCGACUCAAAUGUAUCAGGUGGUUCAAACGGCCCCAUUCGUCCACCUCGUUCGCCUGAUCUCAACCUUAAUCUCGAACACGUCAACGUAUCUGGCGAUAACCUUCGUGCUGGAAAUGGUUAUGCCCCGUCCACCAUUUCCGGAAUUUCGUCGACCAACCGACAUUCAUACAUGUCGAACAUGACUUCUGCCAGUGAAAUGCUUAACGAGGCGCCGAUGAUCAUGACUCCCAUGAAGGGUUCAGUCCGUCAAGUUUUGGGAGUAGUCAAGGCGGAAGUUAUCAGCGCUGGUUCCUUACACUCAAGCCCAUCUAGCGACACCCUCAGACCACCCACGUUCUCCCGUCCAGCGGUCACUUCCCCUUUGGCUGCUACUUCAUUUGGACCUAGCGACGUCGUACCCGAGGCUGAUGAAUCUCAGGAUGCGAAUCCCUUCAGCGACAAGCAUUCAUCGACGCACGCGGACUAUGGUGCCUCACCGCCGCCCACCGCUACCACAUAUGGUCAAGCUUCCACUCGGGCCAGGGAAUCCACUUCUACCUCGAAUUGGAUUACGCCUGACAUGCCGCAGUCACUUUGGGUGCAAGGCGCUCAUGACGAUGGGAUGAGUCGCCCUUCAAGCAUGGCCACUCAAGCAGGAUCCAUCAUUGAUAUUGCCAGCGCCAGACGUGUCAAUGUCGGUCUAGCUACUCCCGGAACCGCUUCUACCGCCAAGACCUACAGGACCACUAUGGGCAGGUUGGUAAGCCCGUCUUCAGCGGGUGCAUCAGUUGGCACACUCGAGGAACAACAAGCCCGAGCUCUGGCACACGCCCAAGCCCAAGCACAGGCCCAAGGCUUGGACAAACCUCGCCCUGUAUCCGGUUCAUCAGCAAUUUCUGCCACCGCCGAUUCCAUUUUAGAGUCAUUCCCAUUCGUCCCUCCCUCUCCAAUAUCUAACAGGCCACUCCGCUCUCCACCUGUUUCACCGCUAGCGCAACAAUCCUUCACCAACAACUCUACCUCUCCACUCGGUCAGCAUACGUUCACCGUCGCACCGCCUUCUCCCCUGUCUGGGGACCGCUUUUCACAAAAUACCACGAGCACCCCUGCAGGAUCAGGUGAUGCCGACGACGAAUCCCUUCCUGCCCCUCCCAACCGUCGCACCUUGGGCCUGUCCACAGGUUCACAACUCUCCACUGCCUCGUCUGGUCUCGGGUCUUUCCCUUUCCAGAUUGAUUCGGGCGCCGAUGUAGCAGACCCUCCCCCACCUGCAUACCGCGGUCGGCAGAGAGCAAGCUUGGACACGCUUGCGCUCACCAGCGACCUGUCAUCCUACCCGCUGGGCUUUGACCGCGAGAACACACCGGUACCGCCACGAAACCCAAGGAAGUAA